AUGUGUAUAUUUCUAGUAUGUAAGAUUUUAUCUCUCUUAUAUGAAUCCUCCAGCUAAUGAGGCAAACAUUAUUAUUUUAUUAGUUUGUGACAUUAAAAUUCAGCUAUAAAGUAACAAAGGGUAUCAAACUUUGAAGUGCAAGAGAAAGAGUGAGGGUUUGAUUUGGAACCCUGAAUGAGUGAUGGGUUCUAAGGUUUUAGCCAUGUUGUUGAUAUAUAUGAUUUGCAUUGUGAUUUCUUUGCCACCUAUCUAUGCUUGUGGUUAUUGUGAGCCGCGGCCACCUUACAGGCAGCCUAACCCUCCGACUCAUCCUCGGCCACAUCCGCCCGAACAUGGCGGAGGAGGGCCUGGUGGAAAGCCACCGGGUGUUCUUCCACCCAUUGUGAUGCCCCCUCCGGUAACUAAUCCUCCUGGUCAUAUUCCUCCAAUCGUGUUGCCGCCCAUAGUUAAUCCUCCUGGAACAAUACCACCGCCUUCAUCCAGCUAUCCACCUUACACAAGCCCUCCAGGAAGUGGCGGGGGAGGUGGUGGUGGUGGAUCACCUGGUAGUGGCGGAGGUGGACAUGGUGGAUCGCCUGGUAGUGGUGGAGGUGGUGGAUCGCCUGGUAGUGGUGGAGGUGGUGGAUCGCCUGGUAGUGGUGGAGGUGGUGGAUCACCUGGCAGUGGUGGAGGUGGACAUGGUGGUGGUGGACACGGAGGAGGUGGUGGAUCACCUGGCAGUGGUGGAGGUGGACAUGGUGGUGGUGGACACGGUGGAGGUGGUGGAUCACCUGGCAGUGGUGGAGGUGGACACGGUGGAGGUGGUGGAUCACCGGGCAGUGGUGGAGGUGGACAUGGCGGUGGUGGAUCACCUGGUAGUGGCGGAGGUGGUGGAUCGCCUGGUAGUGGCGGAGGUGGACAUGGUGGUGGUGGAUCACCUGGUAGUGGUGGUGGCGGAGGUGGAUCUCCAGGAGGUGGGGGUGGUGGACCUGGCUGUGGUGGUUGCGGUGGAGGACCAGGUCUCGUCCCUCCGCCUGCUACUUGUCCCAUCAAUGCACUAAAACUAGGGCUGUGUGUGGAUGUGUUGGGAGGAUUGGUGCAUAUUGGUUUGGGAGAUCCAGUAGAGAAUGUAUGUUGUCCAGUACUUCAAGGUUUGCUUGAGCUAGAAGCAGCUAUCUGCCUCUGCACCACCAUUAGGCUUAAACUUCUUAACCUCAACAUUUUCAUCCCUCUCGCUCUUCAAGUACUAGCAACUUGUGGAAUAACUCCUCCUCCUGGCUUCGUAUGCCCUCCUUUGGUGUAAUAUAAUCAUGCAUGCAUAUAUUCUCCAUAUCCUAGCUAGUUGUUCAAUAGUUAGGGUUUUUAUUAACGUGCGUGUUAUGCCUGGAACGAGACUUUAAUGUCGAAUAUAAUUAAGGCCAGAUGCGACUGAUAUUUUGGCCUCUUAGUAUGUACUUUUCUGGGGAUCUUGUAAUAUCGUAUGAAUAAUAUACUACUGGUCUUCUGGCUUCUUCA